AUGGGGUUUCUAACGGAUCAUCCCUAUACUGCGGUUACCGCAAACAUUGACCGUGUGGUCAGCAAUCGGGAGUACUCUCUGGAGGUUGAAUUGGCAGAGAUAGUCGACCUGAUAGGGUUCAGGAACACCGUCAACCAGGAAGAAGCGGCGCGUGCACUGCGGAAGAAGCUCAAGUAUGGGUCGAAAGUACAGCAAUCGCGGUCCCUGGACCUGCUGGACUUGCUGUUAUCCCAGGAACUGAAGUUCGGUGUAAUUUACAAUGACGAUAAACUGCUGGAUAGGCUGGAAGUCAUUGCAUUGAACCGUGAUACCGACGGUAACGGUGUCAAGUACAACCCUGCCAUUGUUAGCAAAGCUGCCAAGUACGAGAUACAGUGGUAUGAACAUAUAGCCUCCAUAGGCAAGAAGAGAUCGAAGACUUUUGGAAGGCUAGCUGAGCUCGGUAGCAGAGUUAAAAGAGAGUACCGACACAAGCAGAGCUCUUCUCCAAGAAGGAGAGCCGAUAGAAGAAACGCAUUUUUGGAUGACGAGGCAGAUCCGUUUGAAAGUUUGGAGGACGAUAACGUAACCACAGAGAGAAACAGAGGCAACGCUUCUACAGACGCGGAUCGCCUCUACAGAAUACCACAAAUUGAUAUCAGAAAGCACGCACCAAAGAUUAAACUGAUUAUCAGCGAUGCAUUGGCCGCCUCAGUGGCCCUUAAGCACUCCCUAUUGACGUUGCCUGCAGACAAAUACUCUACUGACGAUAUGGAGGCUACAGAUAACUUCAUCAAGGCUAGAAAGAUUAGAAAGAAGGUGUUGGCAUACUUACAAGUGGUUACAGAAGGGGAAUUCCUGGGCAGUUUGAUCCAAGCAAAUGAUGAAUUGGUUGCAUCUCUUACUGAGUAUGAUGAGAAGAGUGACAAAGCUGAGCACGACACUCGUGAGGACAGAAACGAUGGCAACGACAGUGACGACGUCAAUGAAUCUGUAGAUUAUGAAUACAGCGAUGAUGAUGCGGAUGAAGUUAGCAGGGCAGACCAUUCCAUUUACUCGGUUCCUCAGUCAACGGCUUCCAAUCCAUUUGGAGACCAAAAUCAUUUGUAG